CGCAUGACUUUGGCCCACAGUCUACAUACAUGGGCAUUGACAACGACAACGGGUCGAUCUGGUACCAUCAACCAGCAAAAGACGCCCGCGGAGCAAAGCAAACAGGUAGAGUCGGAAUCGGUCCGCUCAGCCGGCGAGCGUCCUGGGGCAAGAGAAGACACGGCAAGACCCCUAUUUCGCCCGCGAACGCGACCGGAGAUGUGACUGAGCCGGUUGAGGUUUCACCGUCCGACAACUGCCAGCCGGCUUUUGCCGAUCGGAAUCGGAGCUGCUGCCCCGGCGGAUCGGGCCUUUGA